AUGGAAUUGGAUUACAAAAACAAUCACAUUGAACGUUUUAAUAAAAACAAACAAUAUUUCGAUGUUCAAGUUUCAGAGGCUGAGGACAUCUUGAAUAAUGAAAUAUCAAUUCAAAGGAGUCAACUAGCUGAACUGAGCCUGGAAAUAAGGAAUCUCAGAUUAGAAAACUCUCAGUUGGAAACCAAAAAUGAAGACGUUGAAGACUCAAAAUGUCAGUUAGAAAUUAGAAAUAAAGACAUGGUUGAAGUUAAUGGUAGAAUGAUAACCACUAUUACUGCACUUGAGCAUGAAAACAAUAUGCACAUUCUUGACACAAAGCAUGUGAGUCUGCAAUUGGAAAAAUUCAUCAAAAGGCAAGCGGACAAGAAAGAUGUAUGUGUACAAACAGAUGAACUAGUGAAUAAGGAUGAGGAAUUACAAAAAUUAGUGAGAAAUGAAAGAGCUUAUGAUGUAUCUACCAAGGAGUGUAGAAGGUUGAGUAAGAAAAUGAAAAACAAUUCGUGUCCUAGAGACAAGAAGAUUCGUAAAAGACGAUUCCCCUUGGUGAGCAACAACUCAGGAAACUGCAGCAAAAACCGAUAUGUAGCAAUAAGUAAUAUAAACAAGGAAAUUGAUGAGUUUCGAAUAGAGGUCGUUGAAGAUAAUGAAAAUUACAUCGAGCCAGAACUCAUACUCAAUAGUGAAAGAGUGUUGUAA